UUAGCUGCUUCAACGUGCUACGGAAGAUCAACAAGCUUGCCUUCGAAUUGAAGGAAGCCAUGGGAAAACUAAUUUCCCGGUGCAACCUUUGUGCUUUCCUCUUUCUCUGUGCGAUCAUUGCUCUGUUUUCCAAAAAUUCAUCAGCAACUGAUAGCAUAAAGGCAGGGGAAUUCAUCAAUGCCAGUACCCAGAUAUUAGUUUCAGCUAAACAAAAGUUCGUAUUGGGUAUGUUCAAUCCUAAGGACUCCAAAUUUCAUUACUUGGGAAUAUGGUACAACAACAUUCCGCAAACCAUCGUGUGGGUAGCAAACAGGGACAAGCCGCUUGUAAAUUCCUCUGCCGGAUUAACAUUCAAUGGAGGAAACCUGAUUCUUCAGAGUGAAAGAGAUGAAAUUCUGUGGUCUACCACUUCUUCUGAACCUGCGGAAAACCAAAUCGCUCAACUACAAGAUAAUGGUAAUUUGGUUAUAAGAUCUUGGUCUGAGAAUUAUGUGUGGCAGAGUUUUGAUUACCCCACUGAUACUCUAUUACCUGGCAUGAAACUGGGUUGGGACUCAAAAACCGGCCUAAACAGAACGUUAAAAUCAUGGAGAAACCAAAACGACCCGUCAUCUGGGGAGUUCAGUUUCGGAAUUCAAUUGGAUGGGCUUCCCCAAUUAGUACUUCACAAAGGGCAGGUCAUAAAGUACCGAACCGGCCCCUGGUUUAAUGGUAGGUUUAGUGGUAGUGAUCCACUGGGAGAUACCGCAGUUUAUUCUACAAAGUUUGCAUAUAGCGCCGGUGAAGUAGCUUAUUCAUACGAAGCUAUAAGCAGUCUGGAUAUAAUAUUUCAACUCAACUCAACCGGGAUUUUGCUGAUACUUCAUUGGGAUGAUGGUAAAAAAUAUUGGCAUCUUAAGUAUACAUUGGCAAAUGACCCUUGUGACCAGUAUGGACUCUGUGGGAAUUUUGGAUAUUGUGACUCCCUCACAGUAAACUGCAAUUGUCUAGAUGGGUUUCAACCCAAAUCCCGUGAUGAUUGGGAAAAGUUUAGAUGGUCUGAUUGGUGCGUUAGAAAGGACAAUCGAACAUGUAAAAAUGGAGAGAGGUUUAAAAGAAUAAGCAACGUGAAAUUGCCAGAUUCUUCAGGGUAUUUGGUGAAUGUUACUACAAGCAUUGAUGAUUGCGAGACGGUGUGUUUAAACAACUGCUCUUGCUUGGCCUAUGGUACAAUGGAACUUUCCACAGGCGGGUAUGGCUGCGUCACUUGGUUUCAGAAACUGAUUGAUAUUACAACCGUUCCAGCUUGGAAUGGACAAAAUCUCUAUUUAAGAGUUGCGGCAGACUCGGUUGACAGUUGGAAGCUUAUAGUUGGGGUCACUGUGUCUGUGGCUUCAUUGAUAGGCUUCUUGGUUAUAGUGGUUUGCUUUAACCGCUGGCGUAGAAGGAAAGUUAAAAUCACUACAUAUGAGUUUCAAGCUCAAGAAAAUGAUGAAGUUGAGAUGCCACUCUUUGAUUUUACUGAGAUUGAGGUUGCCACAAACAAUUUCUCUUUUCAUAAUAAGAUCGGUGAAGGUGGUUUUGGUCCUGUAUACAAGGGAAAGCUUUCAAAUGGAAAAAAAAUAGCAGUAAAAAAGCUGGCAGAGGGUUCAAACCAAGGGCAAAGGGAGUUCAAAAAUGAGGUCUUGUUGAUCUCCAAACUCCAGCAUAGGAAUCUUGUCAAGCUGCUUGGUUUCUGUAUUAAAAAAGAAGAAACAUUGUUGGUUUAUGAAUAUAUGCCAAACAAAAGUCUAGACUACUUCCUCUUCGAUGAUAAAAAACGGUCAUUACUUAAAUGGAAAAAGAGAUUAGAUAUCAUAAUUGGAAUAGCUCGAGGGCUUCUUUAUCUCCAUAGAGAUUCAAGACUUGUAAUUAUACAUAGAGAUCUCAAAGUAAGUAAUAUACUACUCGACAAUAAGAUGAAUCCAAAAAUUUCAGACUUUGGUAUGGCGCGUAUGUUUGCUGAAGAUCAAACUAUCACUAAAACCAAAAGAGUUGUAGGGACGUAUGGUUAUAUGCCUCCUGAAUAUGUGAUGGACGGAUAUUUUUCAACGAAAUCCGAUAUCUAUAGCUUUGGAGUUAUUCUUCUAGAAAUCGUAAGUGGUAAAAAAAAUAAAGGCUUCUUCCAUCUGGAACAUCACUUAAAUCUUCUUGGACACGCAUGGACGCUUUGGGAGGAAGGAAAUGCUUUAGAAUUAAUGGAUGAAACAUUGAAGGAUGAAUUCCAAAACUGUGAAGCCUUGCGAUGCAUUCAAGUAGGUCUUUUGUGCGUUCAAGAGAAUCCAGAUGAAAGGCCAACCAUGUGGUCAGUACUUUUAAUGUUAGAGAGUGAAAGUAUGUUAUUACCUCAUCCUCAACAACCUGGAUUUUACACAGGAAGAAAUGUUUCUAAGACCCAUAAAUUACGUCCAAUUGAUCAAACCCCCAUGAUCUCCAAUAAUGUAACCAUUACACUACUUGAAGGUCGUUAGUAAAUAAUUAUCUAUGAUAAAGUCAAUUAUAAAGAGUACCUUUCUUUGCAUUAUUGUUUAAGAUUGUUAAUGUGUUAAGAAUUGUGGAGACAAAAACAUAUAUAACUAGAUCCAUUUCCAUUUUACUUAACAUA